AAUUAUCGAAUUUGAAGUAUAAAUGUUUCCAUAAAAUAAAACCAGUUGCCAUUGCCAAUGCAAUAACAAAACAUGUACAGCUAUCUUUGACAAAAGUGGACAGGCGAUAAAAAUGUUAUUUGUUAAAUAAUUUUUUGUAAAUAUCAUAUAAAUGGGUGAAUGUAGAAUGUGAAUAAUAUGGGUGGCUGCAUCGGAAUAACUAGAAGUAGAAGCGGGCCCAUUGAGGAUUCAUCGGGCACUGUGUCACGACCUAACUCUGGCGGUCUACGGAAGAAUCAAUCGCUCUGUCACGAAACGAUUCGGUGGAAGUCGGAUGUGCCGCUAACCGAAGGCCAGUUGAGAAGCAAACGGGAUGAGUUCUGGGACACGGCUCCCGCAUUCGAAGGUCGCAAAGAGAUAUGGGACGCGCUGCGAGCGGCGGCGGUGGCGGCCGAGGCCACGGACUUCCAGCUCGCUCAGGCUAUCCUUGAUGGCGCGAGUGUGUCUGUACCCAAUGGAUACCUCACUGAGUGCUAUGAUGACUGGGGGACCAGAUACCAGGUACCAAUAUACUGUUUGUCAGCACCCAUCAACAUGGUGAAGGAGGCGAGCGGCCGCGACUCGCCCGCCGAGUGCUCGGAGCCCGUGGACGGCGGCGCGGCGCUGGCGCUGCGGCUGCGCCUGUCCACGGGCGGGCCCGACCUUGACCUGCCCGUGUGCGCGCGACACACCAUCGCACACUGCAAGGCGAAGCUGCACGCGCAGGAGAACAUCUCCCCGUGGCGGCAGCGCUGGUUCUACGGCGGCAAGCUGCUGGGCGACAAGCUGCUGGUGGAGGAGGCGCGCAUCACGGCCGGCUACGUGGUGCAGGUCAUCGUGGCCGACCCCGAGCCGCGCCCGCCCAGCUAGUCGCACUCAGAAUAAACCUCUUCAACAAUGGAGCGCCGCCCGACGGAGACUGGCUUCGAACAUAUUCUAAACUGUACCAUACUCGUAGGCUACGGACUGUCGGCGGGCCAGUGGCGUGCACUGCUCAAUAGGAGCUUAGGGUAAGCACUGCCUUCGUGGAGUGCGCGCCACUGGUCCAUUCGUUAUGUAAGUUACAUUUUAGCGAGGGUCCUCAUUAGUGCGUUGCGUUAAGUCGUCGCAACGGAUCAUAGUAUUGUCGCUGCGCAAACGCAAUGCUUUGAUCUGACAUGUCAUUUUUAAAUAUGUGAAAACGACGUCGCAACAUAACGCAGUGCACUGAUGGGGCAAUGUUCUUAGUCACUGUUUAAUUUGAAAUUUGUGUUAAACCGUUGGAUCUAACCAUAAAGCGACAAGUGAAGGAGAAGUACUCACAGUAUGAUAUUAUGUUAUUAAGUAUUUAAUGAAAUAAUCAUUAUUAUUGCUAUUUGCAUGAAUCUUACGAGUUUUUAAAUUCGAUUUUGAUAAGAUGGUAUAUUAACGCUACAGGAAUGAAAACCCUCAUGUAGACAAAAACUCGUGCCGAGAUAUAACAAGAUAAGUAAUUUUUCCUACUGAACACUUUCUUUCAUCCCAUCAUAAUGAAAGAUAGACCAAUUAUGGAAUGUAGAAAAAAUUACCUCAUUAUAUUUUGCAAUUAUUGUGAAAAUAUUGAAUCAAUCCUCAUAAAGAUUCCUUAGAUAUACAUAUUGUCAUACCACCUACUCAGGUCACUAACUUACUCAUUCCGAUUGUUACCGGAUGCAUCUAUUCUAUCUUUAUUUAUUCUGAUAUUCUAUCAGUAACAUUUUGUUAUCUAAUAAAGUUUUAUUGAAUACAUUUGGACUUGACUUUUGAAGUACUGGACCAAAUGGUCAGGUAUUUUUAGCUUAUCACCUUAUAUAAUAUAAUUACAAUACAUAGUACAAAAACAAUAGAUUUAAUUUUAAUAGUUGGUCCAACGAUUUAACACAUACACAAUAAGGUACACAAUACAACUAUAAUAUAUGUAACACACAUAUAAGGGUGGAAGCAGACUUUCAAUACGAUAACGCGUGUUGUUUUAAAAUACAGUGGAGGUUUGAUAAAUCAGAUUCCUGGGUUCGAUUAUCGACUUGGGUCUAUUUAGGACCAGGGAUUGUAGGUAUCGGUCGUGGCUAGUUACCGGCCUGCGGUCUAUAACGCACUACCAAGCGAUUUUUUGCGUUCCAGUAUGAUGACGCGUAAAAAACAUCAUAAGUGGAAUGAACUUCUACUCAUAUGUAAUUGUGUCGUCAUUUAAAAGUCCAACGACAAAUUUCAAGACGUAGAUAAAGACAAAUGUCGAUCAAUAGCUGAAAAUCGAAAAAGAAAUAAUUUCAAUUUGGUCGUGUCGUGGUGCUUAUCUUAGGCCUACAGGUGAGAUAUCAGUCGAAGGUAAAGUAACUUCAUUCACUAAUAAAACGUCAAUCGAUAACUGUGGUCCGAAAAAAUCGAGCCUCCACUGUAAUUAAAUCAAUGAAUGUUUCAAAUUCUAAUCAAUUCAAGUACCAAUAUAUGGUUCUUAUCACAUUUUUCAUUAUUCUAAACUGAUGGUGAUAAUUUAAUUAGUGCUCCUCAAACUAAAGCUACGAGGAUUCUAACGCACACAGUCUGAGAAGAAUAUUUAGAUUUAUAUGUAACUGUAAGAUGUACUGCAGAGAUGGACCUAAAUAACCUAAAUCGUGUUAAGUAGUGUGCUUUGUACCUAGUGCUAUGAUUGCUGUCUGUAAAUAUAGCUAACAUUGCUUGACAAGGGAAUGUAAUAUAUACAUUUAAUUAUAGUAUCAUAUCUCUUAUCAGAAAACUAUUUUAUAAAAUUGAGUCCCUUCACAUGAAUCAAUCAUUAAAAUCAGAAGGCCAUGACGCUAACUUACCUAUGUACGUUAACAGGACGCUAACUCUGCUACGAACGUUUAUGCGACGUAAACUCCGCUAUGGACAUCUAAGCGGCGCUAACUCAGCUAUGAGAGCUAUGAGAUUACUUAUUACGUUUGCGGUAUGUAUCAGUAAACAUUCACUAAUUCAACCAAAAGAGAGAAAUGAGUUUAUUCCAGGCUGACUACUCAGUGAACGUUAAAGCGACGCUAACUCAGCUAUGAGCAACGCUAACUCUACUAUGAGCGUUUGUUCGACGUCAAUUUAUUUAUGAGCGUAAAAGUAUCUUGAGGAACAAAGUAUCUUCAUAAUAAGAUACCAGGAAAAUGUGUCUAAAUAUAAGAUACAAAAUAAAAAGCACUAUUUCAAAUACAAGACGUAAAUACGUAUCUUGUAUCUGUAUUUCAGAUACUUUUAUCUAAGAUAUGUCACAUCUCUGGUCUGAGUAGUACGGUAGUGUGUGGAAGCUCUUAUAUCUAUGUUUUCGGAACUACAUAUUUUAAAGAGUGUCUACUGCCAUAUACAUAUAUUGAACAUGAUAUAAAGGCGUGUCUGCACCGGCGCGUUUGCUACUUGCGUUUGAUUUUGCGUCCAAAGUUCUUUAUUAUUUUUCUAUUAAAAAUGGUUUUUUUAAUUAAUAGAAUAAACGGGCCUACAUUAUAUAAAAAAAGUUUCGAUUAGGUUUGGGAUUAAUUUUGGUCUGUUUGACAAAUUGUGUAAAAAAGCAUUAGAAUAUUUCAUAAUUUGUUUUAACUUAAUAAGUAACACACGCACGGAAUUUUUAUCCCAUCGUAGUUAAUAAUAACACCACUCUUUUAUGUUACUCAUUAAAUAUUUGAUAAAAAUUGUUUAAGUCACAAACAUUUAUGAUGUUUUUUGUAUAUUUGUGUAAAAAAAAUUGUCUGUGAAUAAUAUUGACUAAAUUCUUGCAGUAAUGCCUCAAUAUCGAUUAUUAAUGGCUUAAAAUAAUAUGCUAUAAUUUCAAACUCUGCUUCGUUUUAAAGUAAAUACUUAUUAUAAUUUUAAUUUUAAUGUAAUAUAAUUGUGUAGGGUAUUUCAUGUUCACUGCCAUAUUGACGACCUGUUGAUUUUACGUUUAUCAAAUGUGGUGACGGUAUACGAAUAUUCGCACAAUGAGUCGCCACGGUAGAUGUAACACAACAUUUCGUGUUCUUGUUUAAAAUCUCGAAGGGGCGAUAGUUUAGUUAUACUCGUAGGUACGGAAUUUGUGGUUAAUUGUGUGUUUGCGUCACCAAUCAAUAAGCACGUCAUACAAUACAGUGUUGUGGUUGGUAGACAGCGUGCCGCAAGCUUCAACGCAACAUAGAUCGCAGCAGUGUGGCCGAAGCUUUAGAGAUUCUUUACUCACCUUCCAUGCUUGCAUUCACUCGUACCGCCUUGCCUUGAGACAGGGGCGUAGCUACCGCCGGCGGACUGCAGGCGCCCCUCACGUUUGAAAGUAAAUCACAAUCUCAAUCUGGCGCUUCCUGAAAAAAAAUCACCUAACUUCAGAAAUGACAAAAAGUACAAAAACAACAGGCGACGCUUCUGCGCUCGCCCCAACCCCCCAGUGACGCCGUAGUGAUCCCACAUGGAGCCAUCGGCACUUACUCAACACGAAAAAAAAACAAUAACAACCUCUUUUUCCCCGGCCUGCCUGCAUAAGUUAAAUCCUGCAUAAAUCACUGCUUUAAACAAGUAUUUUUGUUUCAUUAUUGACAAUUCAGAGAGAGAGAAUUUAAGUGAGAAUUCUUUACUGUUCAUUUGGGCUCCUCAAAUAAUUUUAAUAUAGGGCCCCUCCAAGGCACGCUACGCCACUGCAUUGAGAUUAAUUAUUGUGAACGAAGUGUUUUUGUCUGGGAAUGAUAUUGACAAUAACGUAGGGUGGGCGCCAAAAUUCGAGCUAUAAUCGAACGCUCGCGAAUUCGUCCACGUGUUAACCCGGAACCAUGACGUAUACGACAUAAUACUUCUUGAAUCCGUAUUAAAAUCCAUUGCGUACUUUAAGAUCUAACCGUUCAACCGCGGGAAGCGACUUGCGACCCAGUCACACAACCGACUGUUCAGGGCGAGGCGUUGUUAGCGUGGUGUCUGGUGCUCUAAUGAGUGUUGACCUUUAUAUAAAUUACUGACUUACUCAUAUAAAUUUUAACCAGUGUAUGUAAAAUUAAGUUUUGAGAUAUUGUUGUAAAGUUUAAAUUAUAUUGAGUGAUUGUUAUGUAAAUUGAAAUGCGACAUUUUUAUCUUUAUUAAAAUUUACUUAUCCUAUUAUUCUAUUCAUGAUUUAAAUUCUGAAUGUAUUGAGUUUGAGUUGCACUGUAAAAAAUAUUGAAGUACAGAGGUACAUAUUGUUUAAAAUUUGGCAGUAAUUUAAAGAAAUUAUUCAUGUGAAUAUGUGGGAUUAUGCCCUACUAAUUUAGAACAUGUCCAAGGAUCUUAAUCAUAAGCUUGUUCAUGCAAUGCAACUGUCUAGACGGGCAUAUAUCCAAUAAAUACAUCUCAGUUACAUGAAUAAUGUGUCUAUUUAGGUAUUUUUGGUAUUAAUAAAUAUUAGCCAUAUUUUAUAUCUUUCAGCAUAACAAAAAUAUUUUUUUAUCAGACGAAGUUGGCCAUUUCUUCUAGUAAUUGAUAUUGUAAAUUUUAGGUUAAAAAAUUAAAUGAAUAUAUAUUUUAAUUGUUUAGAUAAGUCUAAUAUAAUAUUAUUAGUGACUAACUGGCUAGCGUAGAAAUGUUUGUGUUUACUACUACUUGAGGCUUCAUUUUAUAUAUAUAUGUACUGUAAUAUAACUUAAAUUUAAUAAAAUAGUUAGUUACCAUAGAUAAAAUACAUUAUUUUUCAUAUUUACUCUACAGUACACAAACUAAAACCAAAUACGACGCAGCACUUAUUUUAUGUUUCAAAAGUUUCUAAAAUCAUAUAUACAUGGUGUUAUAUUUUGUUUUUUUUUUAUAUUUUUGUACCUACAAACCUAAACUUACCAUCAGUUGAAUUAUUCCCUAAUUCGGUGUCUUUUGAAGCAGUCAUUAGGUUACUUUCUGAUAACCGAAAUAAUGAAUAAAUCAGCAAUUUCAUAAUUUGUAGUUAGAAAUUAUUAAAUUAAUUUAAAAAGCAUUAUAGUUUGAUUUGGUUCGCAGCGAGUGAUUGGAAUAAAUUUAUAUAGGGUGUUUCAUAAUGGGCUGACUUAUUAUUAUUUUAUGUUUAAUUGUUUUUGUUUUAAUUUUAUUACUCACUGGCAUUAUAGCUAUAAACUUCGAUGUUAAAUGUAAAAUAACAUUGCAAUAAAUAGGAUAUGUUUUGUUAUUUUUUAUAAGUAUUUUAUUUUUUUGUGAUUAUUUAUAUUGAUAAGAUCCGAUCCGACAUAAUAUAUGUAUUAAUUACCGCUGUAGUUUAUAUGAUAAGCCAUAACAAAAUGUAAUUAAAGAGCCUAACAAUGACCCCACUCGUAUUAUAUAUCUGCCGUCAAAUAUGCUAUAAACAAAACAUAACUAAAUAUACUAUAAUAUUACUACAAUAUGUGAUUUGAUUUUUUUUUCAUAUUAAUUUUCCUUUUACUCACUUGGGAAUUAUUGUAUGGUGCUAAGAGGUUGAUUUCAUCUCAUAUUAUUAACUAUUUUACACAAAAUAAAAUAUAUCUUAUGUUGGUAUAUACGAAAUGGAGUAUAUUAUAUUAAUAUAAUUUAAUAAUAAUGAUGAUAAAUAAAUAAAUUUAAAUUG